AUGACGCGCUCGCGGGCUCAUGAUCGCUUCCUGCAUUUCUACGAAUUCUGUAUGGAAAAGCUGCAGGGAAAUCACUCUGAUGAUAUUCGGACGUGGAGGAUGGCAAGACAAGCAACGCGUCCCGAACACAGCUCAACAGAUCCAUCUGAAAGGUCACUGCUUGCAGAAACAACUCCCAAAAUUGAGUAUGCAGUAUCACAGACUGCGAAGAUCAACCGAGAGAAACCACGCGAGUCGAGGUCUUCUGCAUGGCUAUCCAUAGUGAAAUGUCUCUUCGGCGCCUUCCUGUUUGUUUCCGUUUUGAUUUGCCUGGUCGCCAGUAAACUUUCUCUAUUAUCGAUUGCACAUUACCACGGAAACGCUUCAUCUGGCAUCGAAAGAGAAACUUUGUUCAUCAUGAUUGUUGUGCUUCUAAUCAUACCGGAAGCUUACACGCUUUUGAAGGCUUCCUGGAUAAGCCUGUUCUCCAAAACUCACAAGUGGCCAUGCAGGAAAGCUGUUUUUAUGGUAAGCUCAUUACGAAAAAUUCAGAAGCUAAAUGUGUAAGGUUUAGUCCAAAAUCGCGUGAGAAUUACAAGUUUAACAGAAUCAAAUCGAAGUUGUUCUUCGGGAAGCAUAGCGGAAAUUUAAGUCCGGUUGAGAUCACAUGACUUUUUCGAUUGGCGAUGAUCGCGAAUCAUACAUUUUUGCGCCUCCGUCGCAAAAAGUUGACGCAUGUGAACAUAAUUUUCUUGGACUCAAAUACUAGCGUAGUCAAAGUAAUGUUCAUCGAAAUUGAAAUUACGGCGUUCCUCGUAGCUUUGUUCGGCUGUUGUUACCCCUCUUGCCAAAAUAAUUGGUCUACUUGCACUCUUGGUGCCUAUGAUAGAUUAAAAAUAAAGUGCCGAACAAUUCAAUUACAUUCUUGUACUUUGUACACUCUGGUCACUAUUUAGAUUUCCUUAAGGUUCAAUUUUAUUAUAAUUUUGGAGAGCAAAUACUCUCGCUGUUUGUUCAAAUAUUAAGUGGGAACUGUCAAAUCCACGAGCACUAAUCAACUGGCCAAUGUAUGUUUGUUUUGGAUUUAAUUUCAGAAAAUUGAUGAUUCUCAAAGAAAAUCUUGCAACUAAAGAUAGGGUUUCACAUCUGUGUAGCAAGAAGGUCCAUAAUUUUGGCAUUUUUGAGGUCAACAAGGCUAUAUUUAUUUCAUCAGUCCUACUAAAUACACAUUCUUACACUCAAAUUUUAAUAAAAUGAUUACCCUACACUACAUUUAUCAUCUUUGAUAGGGACUAUAAAAAUGUGUAACUCGAUCAGUGUCAUGAUAUCCAUCUUCCUACAGCUGUUAAGCUCUCAGAUAAUCUAAGAGGCAGAAGGUCAUCAUGUGAUGGGGUGUGAUCUUUGCUUGUGACUGUGUUCCUAAUUUGCUUAUAUUUCCUGAAAAGGCAUGUGAAUACAACAAAAGCCAAUGGCCAGAAUGUGGCUAUUAAAAAAACUGGUUAAACCUGACAUUAUUAGCUUAAAGCUGAACCUUUUAAAGUUUUUCUGUUUUUGAUUUAAGCUGUUAAGCUAUCUAAGUCUACCUUACAUUAAAGAUCUUUUAUCUCUUAAAACAUGCUUCUAAUUAUGCUCUUCACUUGUCUACACAAUCUCUUCUGUUUAUUCUACUGGUCAACUGUACUACACUUCAGGAUCAUGCUCAUACUCAUGCUUCUCUUGGGUUAUGGAACUCACUGCCAUUACCGAUCAAACCCUGCAGCAGCCUAGCAACCUUUAAGGAACUACACAAAUCAUUUCUAUUUUAAGGAAAGUGUUCAGUACUAGUUUAUAAUCCUUAAUGUAAUGUAAAGUGCUUUUGAAUAUGUACAUAGUUUUAAGUACUAAGCAAAUGUUUUAUUUUUAAUAUAGUCAUUAUCAUCAAUAUUAUUCUCAAAGUUGCCUUCUGGAAAACAAAAAUCAUAACAUGGUCACUAGAAUUAAAAUUUUAAUUGUCAAAAUAAGAAACAAACUCUUUAUGCAAUACUAUAUACUUGACAGCCACCUUAACUACAACUUUAAAUGCUAUCUACUAAGUUCCAAUAAUAGUGCAGCUUUUUACAGUAGUGAAAUAGUGCAGCUUCUUAAAUUUACAGCUCUUGCUGUAUAUUUAGUAGCCAAUUAAUUGUUUUUUUUUACUGGCCACUUUGGAAGAAGAAUUUUUAAAAUUAGUGUGUAAAAUGCUUUUACUGUAGAUCUUAGAUUAAUAAUCCCUCCCUCCACCCCAUCCCCUAUACCCCUGAGAUUGCUCUUAAUUUGUUUAUCCAUUUUAUGGCAGGGUUUGUUUUCUUCUUCACUGGAAGUUUUUGGCCUUUGCUUUUUUGCCAUUGUUGUGCUGCUUGAUCUAAAGAUCCACCCUGGUCUGCGUAUAGUUAUGAUGAAUGGAGUGUUUGUUGUUCCGGUGCUGUGGCAAGUCUUCAGAAGCCGAGGGUGCCAAGCUCAAGGCUCUUGGAGACAAUGUUUUAUAUUCAUCCUUGCACUGACCCUAGAGUUUGCAGGAAUUGGAAUGCUUACAUACAAGGCAAGUAGGACAGUUAACAAAGGGGAAAUUGCAAUUUGCCGUUUUGUGGUUUUGGACAAUUUUUUUUUUGGUACUUUGGUUGUUUUAAUCUCACAUUGUAGUAUUGCAGUGUUCUCUGAAUCUGUGGAAUGCAGUUUUUUUUAACAUUUUGGACAAUAUUGAAAAUUAUCCUUCAAGUUGUCUACAAUGAGUCUUAGUCUUUUCCAGUUUGAGAUUGUUUUGGAAAUCAAACCUGAAACAGGACCUAAAACAACUUUAAGCUUCUCUAAUCUUUCUUAAGCAACAUAAUUUACCUGACUUAACUUUUAUUCUAUUACUUGCUAUUUCCAUAUUAUUUCCUCUAAAUGAAACAUACAGAGUAAUGAUUUUGGCAUGACACUGAGUCUAAACUUGGAAUUGAUGUGUUUGGGUAUUUGCCAAUCUUUUUUGUGAAAUUGCCAUAUUUGCUUAAUUUUUGUUGCAGAAUUGGGGGGUGUUCAGAACCCCCCAAUUUCACCCUCAUUAAGCCUAGCUCUCAGUGGUGAUUAAACUUUAACUUCUCCCUGUAAUAUUCAUAUAUUAUCCAGGAAACAGGUAAUGAGAAUCAUCAAACUUAUUAGGUAGUGGUUAAUAUCAUGACCUAACACCAAAUUCUUGUAACUGAAUAAAUUCGAAAAAAAAUGUGUAGCAGAUGGAGAGGAGAAUUGACAAUUAGAUCUUAGAAGUUAUAGACUGAGUUAAUCAGGUGACUGGAUCAAGCGUGCCCCGAAUUAGAUCUGAGUCUUAUUUAAAUUAAAUGGGUUUGUGACAAUUAAGAGAUUGUAUAUGACAAAAGUGCUUUCAAGGAAGGGAUUGAUUCCUGGUGCCCAUUUCUGUCAAAUGUUUGUUUCAUUAUUGAAUCAGAUAAAGUGUCGGACAAGUACUCACUCUUACAUAAAAUGUUUAUUGUAGGCAAAUUGCUCUUGUAGAUGCUAAGCACAAGGAAGUAGUUACAGUAAACAAAACAUGAGCAAACUGCAUUAAUUUUAUAAAGUUACUGUAUAUGGCAGUGAUUCUGUCUACCCACCUUGAAAUUAGACUUGAAUUUGAAACAUGCUGGGAAAAAUUGAAAAACAAAACAGCAAAAAGUGAAAACCAGGGAAAGGGAAGGGAGUUAUUUUAUGUGCAUAGGAGUACUAAUAAUUUACAGUUUAAUUUUGUUGGAUUGGCAUCAUUUUGUAUGUCUAUAGCCACGACAAAUUUUGUGCACCUUUUUUAUUCAGUAAACAAGGGGAUCAUGCAAAAGGGUUGUUGCACAUAGUCAGUGAGUUGUGUGCGUGUGUUUUUUCAAAUUUCUUUAAGUGAGUUCCCCAACUUAUUCCGUGCAGGCAUAUACCUAUUAGUUGAAAGAUUGAUUACAACUUGAAGUUGAUAAAGAAAUUAUGCAGAGUAGAUAAGCUGUGAUAGCAAAUUUUGAGAAGUUUCAUAACAAUCCCAUCAGAGGAUGGAAGGUACCUGCAGAGGGAGGCUAUGGAAGUCUGCUAUAUACUGAGUUAAAAGAACCAGGCUCCAACAGACCUUUUUACAGUUCUCAGCGCCAUAUUGGACAUGCAGCCGCGCACAUGUGAGAACAAGGCUGGGGUUGACUCAUGUUAAAUCUCUGUGAGUACUUUUUGUGAAAUUUGUAAGUGGGCAGUAAAAUUGUUUGAUUUUUAAGCAAAAUGGAUGGUCCUAGCUGAAAUCUCGAUAAAGCUACUUUUUCUCCCAAAAAGAAUAGAAAGCAGUGUGCUGCUUUUGGUUGUUCAAAUACAUUUUAUGGCCCCAAUGGUUUGCCUACGAGCUCUCACUUCUUCAAGUUUAUGCACAGAGGCAUGUAUUUUUGCUUAGUAUUUAUCAUUCUAUACUUAUCUUAUUCUCUGUGAAUUAUGGAUGAGGGUAACUAUUGUUGCAAAAUUAGUACAAAUUUUUUAUAAGGUACCUGAAUUGCUUUAAGUUCAAUAGAGUUUUUUUUAUUCCGGCAGUAAGUCAAUAAGUUCAGUACUGCUCACCUGUUUACUAAAUGGCUUGCCUAAAACACUCCUAGCAGAGAACUCUUGGAAAGUAAUUGCUUUUAAUAAAAUAACCAAGAUGCUGUAUUUUCAGAGUUUUCACUUAUUAUGACAGAUCCAGAAAACUGACACAAAUUUGGUAGUAAUUGUGAUAAAAGCAGUUUUCAGUAGUUGUUGUUUUUGUUUUUUUAUGAUAGCAUAGUAAUCCACUAUGGAUGCCAUACGGAACUCUCAAAAAAUAUUUUGUGUGCUUUAUGUAUUAAUCAAUUUAAUGCUUCAAAUUGAAAAAAAGAAAAAGUGAGUUUCACUAACUAAAAGAAUUCUUGACACAAAGAUGAAUUAUGACACUUAAAUUUUAUUAUUCACAAAAUUGUCCUCAUAAUAAAAAGUUUGAUAGAAGUCUCGCAACCUAAUAAAUUACCACGAGUUGUGAAAUGAAAAUGGUUUUCAAUGUAUCACGAGCAUAAGUUGUUCUGGGCCUGGUGGGUUUCGAAAUAUUAUGACAUCUGUUAGUUGCAGUUUCCCUCAUGGGUUGAUACCCUUGCAAAAUGGCUUUUGGAAUUCCUAGGAAUAAAGGUGUGAAUUUUCACGGUAAAUUCGGAUUGGGAAUUCCUAGGAAUUCCCAACCAUAACAACUCUGGUUCUAAAAACCUAGAAAUUCCUAGAAAUUCCCAGAAAUUCCUAGAAAUUCCAAGUUUAUAGCCAACUGGACUUGGAAUUCCUAGGAAUUCCAACUCAGAGAACCAAUGACUUUCCCUGAAAAGCUGUAAAUCUAAAAAAUUCCUAGGAAUUUCUGGGAAUUUUUAGGAAUGUUUAAGAAUUACUGGGAAUUUUAAGCAAAAAUUUGAGGCUAAUGAUAUAAAAUGAAUACUUUAAAUUAAAAAAACCUAGCUAAAAUUCAAGUAUUCAAUGAAAUUUAUUUAGAAGCUUAAUUAAGGCUUACAUGUAAAAUAUUUUUGAUUAAUUAUUAACAUCAAUGUGUGGUAAUAUUGGAAUGGAAUUUGAUUUAUUUUUCUUUUCUUGAAAACUUCAUACGGAUAAUCCUCAAUUACAGCUAUUCAUAUAAAAUAGUUCUAAUCAAUCAUUAAAUUUGGUUUGACACAAAUUGUGAAUAAAAUCUUUUGAUUCUUUUCCAUAAAAUACAAUAUCUUAAAUUAUAUUUGAAAACCAAGCACUCUUGGGAGUGAAGGGGUUAAUUACAGACAAAUAAAAUAGAUUUUUUGAUUAAAAUCUUGUUGUAACUGUAACAAUAAAUUAGAAUGAAGUUAUCCUAAACUGCAAACUUAGCUGCUGUUUGUAUUUUUUUUCCUGGGCUCACAAUGAGUUGGCCUUGAAUGAGGUUGUCUACAAGAAGCUUGACCAUUUUGUAUCUGGAUUCCAUGACAUCUGAAUUUGAAAAAAAAAUAUAUAUUUAAAUAUGUAUAUUUAAAGCUCAGACCAGGCCUUUAAGAUGGCUAUGAGGAAAAGGGCAUUCAUUGGAUUCUCAAAUUGAGAAAUCUCUGUUAUGUUGAGUGACUUUUAUAUUGGAGUUAGUACAUCUCUCUCAUAGAUUUUACUAAAAAAGGGCUGAACACAUUAUUUGGUUUUUACCAAGGAGGGCUUCUUUAUGUAAUAAGGUUUGUUUAAUAACAGUUCCUAUUAUGAAUCUUGAAUGUUCCCAAACGUGACUAGAGGAAUCUUGAAACCUUACUGAUAGGUUUAUUUCAUUGUAAAGCAUAAGCUUAAGAAACUGCGGCAUGCAAGUGACCGAUUCGAUUCUCAGAAUUAUUCUAGUUUCAGUUGCGCCGAGCGUUAUGUAAGCUUAAUUCAACCCGCUACAUCUAUUCUUUUAUAAGAUUUUGAUCACGUAACGAAUAUCGCAAUUUUUACUCACCACAAACUUUCAAAAUCGUAGCUUUACAGAUGGCCACUCGACCCUUGUUUGUACCAGUCAAUAUGUCAACUGUUGUCCCUUCUUUUAACUCCACGGCGCCAACGACUUUCCUUUCUUUUACAACACUCACGCUGUUCUCGUUUUCCCAUUGAACCACAAUAAAAGCUAUCUUUAGAAAUGUUAUAUUAAGCAAAACAGUUGAGAAAAACGAUCAAUCGAUGAAAAGUACAUUCAAAGAUGAGCGCCAAAUGGAGUCUUCUUUGUUUCCGAUCACGGGCAUGAUCACGUGGAUCUUUUAGGACUUGUCAUUGGCUAGCAAAGUGAAUCCGCUGGCUUGCCGAUUGCAUUGUUGAGAGAAGCGCAUAACUUUAUUCUGACUUCUCCGACCGGUUCUCUGCUUCUAGACCAUGGAUACGUUGGUGAUAUAAAUAAUGAUGUGAGCUCACUCUAUGUAGAAAUAAUGGACAAGAAUCGAUCGUAUUACAAAUGCACGAUUUGUGGCCGAAAGUUGUCGAGGAAACAAAGACUCAAAACUCACUUGAGUUGUGUUCAUGGCAAAGGUGGGAAAUAACACAAGCCAAUCACAGUUUUGAAUGCGACUACAAAUCAUCUUUUACCCUCAUAUUUAUAAAAGAAGGAUACCACAUUAGGAAGUAUAAGAGGUACAUAGAUGAUCCCGGUGUACCAGUACCUAAAUCUACAAAGCUUGACCGUAGCAAGCGUUCAGCAACACGUUUCAACACCGCCAUCUCGAUUCCUCAGUCAGUCGUUUCCACUGAACUUAAAGCAGUAGUGACAACAGAGUAGAGUGCGUCUUACAAAGGAGAAACAUUUGUACAAGAGACAGAAGUAACUAUAUGCGAUUACAGAGGUGCGUUAAACUCUGGUCCACAAAUAGUUAUGCACUGUCCGAAGUAUAAAACAAUUUUGUUGAUAGCUGACAGACAGAGAAGAACAACAAGUAAACUUUAGAGCUGUUAUUAUUGAAGUGUGAAUUGCACUUUUCAUUUUUAUAUAAAGAAGGACUUGUAUUUUGCACCAAAAAUAAAAAGAUGUGAUAUUUUUUGGGAGAUCCAGUGAUUGGGACAUUUAAGAAAUUAAGUUAUGAAAGGAAACUUGGUUGGUACUUCUCACUACUAACAAGUCUUGUUGACAAAUAUUUUCAGAUCAGAGUUUCAAAUAAAGUAAAUUGAAGACGUCAUUUAAAAGGUGUUUUUUCUCAAUGGGAACAUUGCCAAAUGUUUGCAAAGUGUGUGGAUGAUCCACAAGUAUUGGAACUCUUACAAAAAUGUUUUGUAAGAAUAAAAACAGCAAAACAAAUUACAGCAAUUAGUCACGAAAACAGAGCAAAAACUGAAAAAAAAACAGCAACAAAAAUCAUGAAAAAAGAAAGAUUAAUUAGGUGUUGAAUUUGUUUGUCUAAGGCAUGAAAUUUCUACUAAAAAUAUUGUCAACAAAAAGUCUCUGACAGUGUUUGAGGCAACUGAGCUUGACUGUUCCAAGAUUUUCUAACAAAGGCAAUCAGUGAUGUAGGUUAGGGAAGUAACUUAUGAUCAUAACUAACAAAGUUCUUUAAGUGUAGAUAACAAAGUAAUUAUUGUUAAUUAUUGUGGAAGUUGUGUACCAAGGAACAGCUAAUGAAUGUUUGAUGAUUUUGGCACAUCAGUGAACAUGAGACAUUAAUUUGCAUCACAAUAAAAUAUUUUUUGAUCAUGGAAUCCAAGAGUCCUUUGAAGUUAGAAAGCAAAUCUGUGAUAUGAGUACAUUGGAUUAAUUGGCAAUUUCCAUUUAACAUAACUGACUGCUGGUUCAUGAGAAAAUCCAUAUUAAUGUAAAGAUUUACUAAAACUUAGUUUGAAUAAUAAAUUCCAUGAUCUUUAAGUUAUAAACAUAUACAUGUAUGUGUAUCUCUUGGUAAGUUUUGUAUAGCAUACCUUUUAUUGAGCUAAAGUUUAAAGCCUCUGAAAUUACUCCUUUUCUUAAAACCUUCCCCCUUUUCAGGUAUUGAGAAUUUCUUAGAAUUUAUGUGGACCUCAGGGUAUUUAAAUUGCCUCAAAUUCAAUUCCCAGAAAUUCCCAAGAGUUCCACACUUCUUAAAUUAUAGGUAGUUUGUAUAGCUGAGAAUUCCUAGGAAUUCCUAGGGAUUCCAAGUCCUCACAAAACUGGAGUCUUCCUUUCCCAGAAAUUCCCAGUAAUUCCAAGCUUUUUAAAUCAGAGUUAAUUUGCAUAGUUGGGAAUUGUUUAGAAUUCCUAGGAAUUCCUAGGAAUUUUCAGGAAUUCCUAGGAAUUCCCAGAAAACUGGGAAUUCAGUUUGCAAGGGUAGAAAGAAGGGUUAUAAUCAAGUGGUUCUACAGGCUCUAUUGUAUAGUUUCCCAUAAGAUACAAUGUACAAAUAGCAAACUAACAUACAUCUUGGUAAACAAAAUGGGAAUAACUUAAACUGAAGAAUAUGGUACAACAACAAGUACCACAUCAACAAUAGCAGCAAUAACAGAUCUCCUCUACCUAGAGGGCUACAGCUUUUGUCUCUCUUUCUAAGCCAUACUGAACAGCUUCUGUGGUACUUCCUGUAAUGCGUUCCUCUCAACACGAUGUGGCAAUAUUCUCGUGAAACAAUGGGGUACUCGUGAAGCUGAAUGAAAUUCAUCUUAGGUAAAUUACGGAGAUCACUUGAAACCAUCCAAGGGCUGAAAUCCUCACCAUAGUUGUUUCGUAUCUGAAGUUGCUCUGGUUUUGUUCUAGGUCCUGGACAUCUGUGAGAAGUUCUCUGUUUUUUCCACUACUCGAUGGAAGGACGUUUUAUGUCAGCAAAGCAUAAACUUUCGACACUAAGUCAGCUCUAAUUCUGCCCGUUGAUUUUGAAUUAGAUUUUAAAAUCUCCCUGAGAUCUUUUGCUUUGAGUUUCUGGAUGUCACCUAAUGACAAAAUUUCCAUAUUGUUGUAUUAAAGAACCAUUUUGAAGGGAGAAAUUGCAUUGAAAAGUGCAUUAGAAUGUGAAAUGUCAGCAGAUCAGCUGUUUGAAAGAACCGCCAGGUCAACUCCAGCCUCGUUAUUGUGUGUGCGCGGUUACUAAUCCAAUAUGGCACUGAGAACUGUAAAAAGGUCUAUUAUGAUUGAGUCAUUGUGUUGUGUUUUUGGCCAAGACACUAUUUACCUCUUACAUUGCAUAUUACUACUCAUGACUAUGACAAUUAUUAGUCUAGCAGACUGCCAGAGUAUCUGGUUGUAUUACUAGAGGAACCUGCAUGGAUCAAUCUCCUGUCCUGGAAGAAUUGUAGGAAUUAGUCACAGCUUGGUCAUGAAACUGUGAUAAGUAGCUUCAGCAUACUUUGCCCCAUUUAAACCUUGCUCAGUUUAACAUGCAUGUAUGUUAAUUUUUAUAUUCUUUCUUAUUGCAGAUGUACAAGGAAAGAGGGGAUACUCCAAUUUGGGGUGUUCCACUGGCUCUCAUAUUGUUAUCAUUUGCAUGGUGCCCAGAGAUCUUUAAGUAUGUAACUAAGGAAGUUAGAAACCCACCAAAUCCUAUUCUGAACGGGCUAACAACUAGUCAGCCAUCGCCAAAUGUUGAAUUAGCUGGGUUGUCUAUUCCUCAAGGUGAAACAAUACUUGGUGUGGCUACCCGCUCAAAAUCUGCACGUGGGAAGGCAGCGAUCAUCACCAGCCUGUGGAAGCUUUUUUUGAUUCCAUUUGUAGCAGCUUUGUAUUGUUAUAUAUUUAAUAGAGCAGACUUGAGAGAGUUACAGAAAGGGUUUGACAAUCUCAGUGUUGACACUGAUGGUUUUGUUCACUUUAUGGUGCAGAUAUGGACAAGCUUUCUUGGGUAUAUGCUGGGCAUCUUGGCUUGUGCGAUUUGCAUGCAACUUCUUGCUUUUGCAGUGCCAAUGAUACUUGCAACACCCAUUUCAGUUGGCCUGACUUUAAUCAGUAACACAUGGGCAGAGGACCAUAUAUUUUUCUUUAAGCAUGGUGAUCCAAGUGAUGUUUUGCUCUAUGUUAUAACUGGAUGUUUCCUGUUAGCACAGUUUUUUUCAGUUGGCUACUAUGUGCUAAAAAAACAAGAAGGUAUAAUGGCAAAGGAAUCAAGUUUGUUUUGGAUGCCAACAUAUAAUGGUAACGUAUAAUUUAUUUAACAACUGCAUAUUUUGGUAGUAACACCUAUAGUACAAUGGUGGAUGGAGAAUAAAGAUCUUGACCCUUAAACUCCCAAGAGCUGACUGUUAAUUCUCCACUCUAGCUGCUACAUAUUUCAUUGUAAAUUAGUUAUAAGAAUUCGGUGCUAGCUAGAUCAAGAUUAUAAUCUCUACUUGAUAACUUUGAGUACUGUAUUUCCAUGAAAAAGGGCCCACCUUCUAGGCCAUAAUGUUAAAAAGUGCCCCCCUCACUUUCUUAAAUAGUAGGGAUAUGAGGAAAACCUGUUUUUAUUGCCACAUUAUUUAUAACUUUUGAAGCUUCGACUACAACAAAAUCAGUACAGGAGAAUAGUAAGCACCCCCCUUCCAUUAAGUGCCUCUUCUUUUAGGGUGAUGUUUUAAAUAUUCCUCAUUACCAGUUUUGAUAUUAUAGGGAGAAUUUACAUGUUAAUUACCUGUGUGAGCUAGAAGGUUAAUUUAUUUCUUACACAAUAAUAUAUUGGUAUGAAACAUUCUUUUGUAGGAUUGUUUCUGGAGCAACAUCUUUUGUUGAAUCGAAGAAAUGAGAUCACAGAUGACUAUCAUGUCAAACUUGGUGAACUGGUGAAGAAUACUUGUGUGUACAUUUGCACCACCAUGUACCAUGAAAAUGAACAAGAAAUGGAACAACUGCUUAAUUCGCUGCAUGACAUUGACUGUGCAAGGGAAAAAUCAAGGCGGCAAAUAGAGUCGCAUAUAUUCUUUGAUGGAGCAAUCAAAGGAGAUGUCUUGAAUAACUAUGUUUUGCAGUUAAUUUCACUGAUUCCAAGAGCACUGAAAGUUUCCAUUGAUGUGUGUAUGAAGCUGAAGACACCAUAUGGGAUGCAGAUGCGUUGGAGGCUACCUGGUGGAAUGUAUUUUCACAUCCAUUUAAAGGAUAAUUUAAGGGUAAGACUGUGUAUUUAUUCUCACAUGAGAAUUUUGCAAUAUUCUCAGGCUAUUUAGGGGCCAGUAAUUAUUUUAUAAAUAAGUUUUCAGGGAGAAUGCAGGGCGCAUCAUUCAUCACUAAUGUAGUUUAUAUAAUAAGCUCAGUUAUGCAUGCGUUCUGAUUGAUUUUCACUUAUUCAUUGGCUGGUAUUGUUAAGUCAUUUAAUGGUUAAACACUAACAAGUCUUACAGGCAAUUCAAUUGGGGGAAAUUGACAUAUCAGUUUUCAUGAUCCUGGCUCUUAGUGUGGAACCCAACAAAUGCCCAACAAAUGUGGCACAAUAAAUUACAUUCCUUGAUUAAAGCCUUGCAUAUUUCCAGUUUGCUCCCUUUGCCUAGGGCUUCAAAUCGUGCAUGCUUUGCUGCUUGUGUGGCAAAUCAAUGAGAGGCUAGUGAUCAAUAUUGUUACUUAUUUGUCCUGGUUGUUACUUGUUCAGAACUUUUACACUUUUGAAAUAACACAAUGAAUCAUAAUAUUCCUUAAGGUAAAGAACAAGAAACGGUGGAGUCAAGUCAUGUACAUGUCAUAUGUGUUAGACUUUAAAGAAAAGCUAAUGGAAGGUAAUUUAUUUGUCUCUGAAUCUUACUAACCUGAGCAAUAAUUAAGCUUUAAUGACUUUGUUGUAAGAAUUGAACUGCUUUUGUGUCAAUUACGAUAGAUUUUGCACUUGUACAGUACACUCAUGGAAACAAGAUGACGCAUUUACAUGCUCAUUGUGAUAUUCUGUUUAUGUUUAAUCGAUGUAUAACGCAAACAAAAUUGGGCUUACAAUGCAUUGCACUGCAGUGUAUACAUGUAAGAUUUGUGAAGUUUCCUCUUUGGUUAGAUUUUAUAAGAACUAAUAAAGAUGCUGUAAUUUAUAUACAAGGGUCAUACAGACAAAGAGUGGAAAAUUAUAGGCAAAUUUUCAAGGCUUAGAAAAAAGAUUGAAAAUGUCUGUAAAGUAAAGUGUUAAAAUUAGAAAAAGUUUGGCUUUGGUUUUCAAGCUGCAAACGUAUCAUUGCUUUAUUGCUGGGUGAGAUCUUUGUACUAAGUUGAAUGUAAAAUUUAAUUUCUUCAAUUAACAAAAGAACCUUUGUCCUCACUCAAUCCGGAAAUUUAAAAUUGUUUGGGCAAAAUAAUCCCCCAACGACCGUAGCUUGGUUAUGCCAUGGGGAGUAAUUGGCUUCUUUAGCUCUUCUCUCCAAAUCCCUCUCAUCUUUUUCAUGGAAACUUUGUGGAAGGCCUUAAGGCUCACGCGUACCUGCCUGUGUAUUGAGUCAAUGUAAAAGCUGUUGACACUCUUUUUUUGUUUUACAGUGACAGAUGAAAACACCUACAUACUAACCACGGAUGCUGACGUCAGGUUUACUCAUGAAUCAGUAGAAGCGCUUCUUGAUCUUAUGAUGAGAGAUCCCAAUGUGGGCGCUGUUUGUGGGAGAACUCAUCCCUUGGGUGUUGGACCGAUUGUUUGGUACCAGAUCUUUGAUUACGCAAUUGGACACUGGUUCCAAAAGGUAUAACCCUGUUUAUAUAUACCUUUGCUAUAAUUUCAAAACGAGGUUAGGGGCAUUUGGUUUCAAAGGUACUGGGGAUGAACGAUGUCCAGUUUACAGUGGUGGCGUCUUAAUCGGGCGAGUCAACGUUACAAGCUCGCGAUCGUCAUUUAACUGGCUAUGUUUGAUUUUGAGCCAGAAUGGACGUUAGAGGGAAGGGGCAGGGAUAGGCGAUGAAUGAAUGGAGUAAUUGCUAUUUCCCCACCCCUCCCCUAUCCUUCCUUUUGACUGUCGCUCACCCCUUGAUACAAAUUUCUUUCUCUCUCCAGCCUUCCACUGCUGUUAAAAUCAAAGAUGGCAGCUAUAUGUAUAAUUUUCAAUAAGAAAGAUUCUGAGCACUCGCUCGCCAAAAUUACGCCUUUCCUGGAGGCUAGCAAUGUCAAAAUUUUCCUUUGUAGAGGUAGAUCUAGAGUAAGAAUUAUGAUAAAUUUUGAGUUCAGUCAACGUGUGAAGUUGAUCAGCAUGCUGAUGUACAUGUAUGGCAUGAGUAUCGGACAAAGUUAAAACAAAAAAAGAAACCUGGGUUUCAUUUGAGUGUUUACCAGAUGUUCUCCCAUUACAUAGGUGGCUAACCAUGUUCUUGGAUCCGUUCUGUGCUCACCGGGUUGUUUCAGUGUUUACAGAGCCGCUGCAAUCAGGGACGUGCUGUCCAUAUACUCCUCCAAAGUUGACACGUCAUUCGAUUUCCUCACCAAAGACAUGGGUAAGCUUUUGUGAACACGGAAGUACCUUUAUAUGAUCGUAUGCUCUAAUAGUCCGAGUGAGAGUAGUCCUGAGAAGAACUGUUGUCGGUACCGGUAGUAGUGACUGACGUUUCGACAACCUGAGUAUCAUCAGAGUCAAGGGUACUUUUAGUUCCAGCUCUUAGCCACCUCAGGCAUUGCAAAAAAAUUCUGAUCCUUCUGAUCCUUUCCUGUGCAUUCGUUGUCAGCAAAUACAACUAGUACUGGUAUUUAGAUGGUAGAAUCCUGACCCUUGGAAAAGACUCCAAAAUACCAACCCAAAAAAAAAAAAAUUCAAGACCGAUAAAAAGGUAUUGAAAGUAUUGGAAAGUUUUUAAACAAGGCGCAAUAAACUCACUCAAGAGCUACAACUGAACCCUGAACUAUGUAAUCGGUGUAAUCAUCCCAUUUUAAAUUUGCUUUCACGUCUACAGGUGAGGAUCGAUGGCUGUGUACUCUGAUGGUUCAGUCGGGCUGGCGUUUAGACUAUUGUGCUGCAGCUGAAGAUAGUACCUUCUGCCCAGACAACUUUGACGAAUUCUUCAAACAGAGGCGACGAUGGAUUCCCUCCACCUUAGCUAAUCUGGCCCUUGUUAUCAGUCAGUGGAAACUAACUGUAACCAACAACUAUAUUUCAUUUGCGUUUAUUCUUUACCAGGCGUUGAUGGUCUUCUCAACAGUUAUCAGGUUUGCUGGAAAUCAGAGAUGUUAAGGCAAAGAUGUCUUUUAGCCAGGGAGGGACUAUCAAGUUGACUAACAAAAAGGCUUCUCUUGAAGGCCUAGCCAAACGCACGCAAUACUCUAAUGCAACUUCUUACAAAAACGUGUAUGAUCGUACUGUGUAGCAGCUGACCAAACGCGCACAACUUCUUGAAACAUCCAACAAUGCUACAACAAAAGAAAACCGUUUUCUAUCUCGAUUCGACACCAUUCAACAUCUUACAACAUGUUGCUAUAGGCUGGCCAAAGGUAUUUAACACGUUGUGUGCAACAAUUCUGCAAAAUGUCGCGUUUAGCCGGGCGUUGAGACAGUGGACUGAGAAAUAAUUUUAUAGAUGAUAAGCCCCUGAACCAAGGUGAUACCCAUCUUUGUACUUGCCAUAAUGACAGUGUUUAACCGGAUAUUAGAGUGAAAAUCAAGAUUAUGUGUAACAUUAGACUACGAGUAGUCCCUUGUUUUUGGCGAAGUUUGUCGCGAGAUUAAACAAAAAAUAAGUGAUUGAAAUUGAUGUUAGCGCACCUCCUACCUCUUGUGGAAAAGUAGGCUCACUCUUGGAGUUCUGUGUGACGCGCUAACUUUUUUCACUUUUUUUUUUUGACUCGCGCGACGGAUUUGGUUGAAAAGGAAGGACUGCUCGUAGUGUAGUGAAACGUGGAGGAACAUUUGACCACUUUUAACCUCCCUGGCCAAAAAAACAUCUGUGCCUCAUCGCUCUUCGUCAACGUAUGAACGUAUUUUGAUGGUAGUUGUUUAGGGUUGUUUUUUCUUCAUUUCCAGUCCAGAUGUUGUGUUAGUUCGUACUAAAGAGACAUUUUUUCAUACAGUCCUUCGACGGUUAUUCUGAUCAUGAUGUCAGGGCUGCAGUAUGCAGAAUUUCCAAUUUCAAACCAAACUGCACUACUCGUUCUCUUGAUACUUACCUCAGUUGGUUAUGGUUUGAUUUGCCUCUACACCUCGCAAGACUUCCAGCUGAAAACUGCAUUUAUUUUGACAAUUGUGUUCGCCUUGCUCAUGGCUUAUGUGACCGUGGGCGUGGCCGCACAAGUUGGUGAUGACCUUUACAAACGUUCACAUCCGCCUACUCCAACUCCAACUUCAACUACUUCCCCAGUGACUCAACCAGCAAGAUCCACAGUUCCGUCUAAGAAGUCAACCACCGCUUCUCUUUUCCGCUCCCCACUCUCCGCUGAUGCAUGGCAGGACCCUCUUACUCCAAAUCCAAGGCUUGCUGGGAUGCUUACAAAUGCUACCACAUCAACUAACCCUACCACUGAGGUGCCUGGAUCCUUCGAGCUUCCCGUUGACGUAAGCACUCUGUAUCUGGCUGGCUUAAUUGGAAUAUUCAUAUUAGCUGCCUUGCUGCAUCUUACAGAAGCGUAUUGUCUGGUUCAUGGCUUGUGGUAUUUGCUCUGCCUUCCGUCCGGGUAUCUGCUGCUUAUCAUUUACUCUAUUUGUAACCUCACAGAUCGAUCUUGGGGUAUGUGAAAUCUUCAUUUCUUAGCGUAGUCGAGCUAUUUUUGAUCAAGUGUCAUUAAACCCAAACCAAAGUAAUUACAGUAACUAAUCAGAACGUAGGAAAAGGAGAGAACUCAACGUGAAAACAAGCAAAUUGCCUGAAGCUCGCGAAGACGCAAGUGGCUGAAGUGAGAUUGGUUUUAGUUUUGAAUCUGAUUGGUUGUGGAAGUGGCGCGAGACGUAUGGACCAAUCACUGAGCAAAGAAAGAGAAAAGAAAGAAAAGCUAAACCAGGCCCACCCAAGAUUAUAAUCCACACAAUCCACACUCAACUGAAAAGUUGCAUGCAUGCCGCUUGGCACUCGAGAGCAUACAAACCCUGGGCUAGGGUAUGUAUACUCUUUAGUUCCAUAUGCGGGAAAGCUUGUCUUAGUUUGCUACAGAAUGAGUGCACUGAAACUUGCGAAUAUUGCAACGCUUUCUCAGCUAAAUGUUUUCUCCGCGUUCUUUGUGACAUUUUUGGUGCAUUUUAGGUUACAUAUCGUUUGACCUGGACCUGCAUUCUUCUCCCUCGUCGUACUUUGUGUAAGCAGUAGACUAAACUUCGAAUUAUCUCGUUUAUUUUAUGAAAUCCUAUCACAUUUUUCCGCCCAGUUUUGUUUCGUCUAAAGUCAUGAUCUCCUUAUAAACCCAUAUCUUUUUGCUUAGGGUUACGAGUAAUGACGAAAACAAUUUAUUACUUUUGUGGGCAUUGGGCUUUGUUUUAGGAUGGUGUACGAUUUUGAUAUUGGUAUGCAAGAGUCUCUUUUUCAAUACGGUCACUUUUCCCAGGUACAAGAGAAGAGAAAAGCAAAAAGGUGGACGAUGUUCCUUGGUAUGAGAAGUUGUGGGCAAAGAUCAGAUCCAUUUGCACAUGUUGCGGACCACAACCAGCGCCGCAGCCUGCUGUCACUGACAGGGUAGAUGGGCCUCCAACAGAAUCAGAAACUGCAACUUCUCCAGAGGUCAGUGCCCCUUAAAUCGCACAGCUGUCACUGGGAAAGUGUUGAUAUGCCCUUCUCCCUCCCUCACAAACGUUUGAUAUUAUUGUAUUGUCCCUCCCAACCCCUUCUCUUGCCUCCUCAUUUUUACCUCAUGGUAUGACGUCAGUCAUACUUUGAGGUUUGCAUGCAUUUAACCUUGGAUUAGCGUGUUAUUCCCUGCCUCCCCUACUAGGUUUGCUUCUGUCCCCAAAGUCGUGCUAUUGUGUUCUGCUCAAAUUCCUUGGGGGUGCAAGAGUCCAUGUAGUUAUUAACAUAAUUUAAAAUGGCAUCUGUCAUUGGGCCAUAGGCUAAAAGGAUUUAUUUGGUUUUGUCUUCUUUUUAUGCUCUAUCCCUGAUCAAAUUACACCCUUUUAGGCCUCACUAGAAAAGACGCAAUGCGCGGAAGAAUGCUCAAAUGGAAAGAAACAGGCUUCAAAGUUUAAAAGUUGACGAUGACAACGGUUCCGACGAUAGAUAUGGGAAUAUUUUGUUGCGGCGCGUAAGCGAUUUUAAUUCUUGUCUUCAAAUUGAUGUUCGCGUAUCCAUUUGGCUGCCAUUUGGCCACAUUUUACACGUAUUUGGCAGCUGAUUUACCAUGUUUUUGAGGUUUCAAUGAUUUAAUUGAAUUUGUCCUUUCUAUUUGUUACGCAAGUGCCUUGUGAGUUACAGUCGAACCUGUAUUGAGCGGCACCGUUUUAAACGGUCACCUGUAUUAAAAGUGGUCGGUAUAUAUCUAUCUUGCUUGUUCGGGUAGCCAAUCGGAACACAGGAAUCACUUCGUAUUGCUCAGGGGCGCUUCCAGCGAUACGAUAACACAGCAUAAUGACCCAGUCAGAUCUCGAAUCCGGACCAUUUGACCAAGAGUCCUGCUGUGCUAAUCGUUGAGUGACCAUUCCAUCCUUCUCUUCUCUAGCAACCACAACAUAGGGCAUUUCGAAACUUUAUUUUUCAAAGCUGUCUCAUCUAAACGCGCCAGUCUUGUCUUCAAUAGCCAGUAUUGAAAUUGACCCAAUUCCGCCCUAUUAUAAUUGUUUCAACCGACUAAUUCUCGGAUACUAGUGGAACAAAAGAAUUUGCUCGACUUGUUUUGCAAUUUCCACUUAAUCUCAGGAGACUUCAGAUUCGGACAGUGGCUUGCAAGGUUCUGGAGACAAUGCCGCUGCCCCAUCCGUUCAGGAAGUUUCUGACAACGGGUCAGAUGGUGCAUCAGCUUCCUCUUUAGUACACGGUAAACAUGUGGAUGAACUGCCUCCGAGGUCAGCCAUGAAGCAGCCGAUAGUGCGUCGGACUUCAACACCUCGCGGUAAGUGCACUCUUGAAUGCACACUUCAAUCUUUGUAGUAAUGCUCUUAGGGUUGUUCUCUAACAGUUGACCGAUGAUUUCUAUUUUAUGCUUGUAUCAUUCUAGUGACUUAUACCAUCACUGUACCAGUCUGAAUCACGUUAAGGAGGGAUGCUAUAAACUGCGAGGUCUUAAUCAUUUUAGUCAAUCAUAUUCUUAAAUUUGGUCGUCCGUAGUCUGUCGCAUGUAGUUCUGGAACGCGACAUUUUGGGAAUUGGCAAUGAAUCGCCACUAUUCCCACCUGGAAUUUUAAAGGAACAUUGUAAAUUAAAUUACCGAUAUUCUCGUGUACUAGUUAACUUGGAGGUGUUUAAGUAGUUUUUACUCGAAAUAAGCUUUUGUUGUAGGCCACUUGGCUGCUCAUUUAUCAAGUUUGUUCUUGCUAAUUUAAAUUGGAAGUGAAGUCUUUUAGAAGGGAAAUUUGCUCUGAUCCAUCCAACCAUUUGCAUCGCAAACUUUUGGUCUCUAACAGUAAACUUCAGGAUCUUAGGAAAGCCAUGUUGUGUGUGUGUUAUUUACCUAUGAUACUUUCUAUAAGAUGGCCUAAAAGAGGACAGCGGUCGCCUAGGGAAAUGGCGCUAUCCGGGUGACAAAAAAGUCACAUUCGCUGCCAAGCUUCCACGGAUGCACCCUGAGACUCUUGUGGAGGACUGGCUUCAAAAAGAAUUUCAGGUAAGCUUGAUUUGUGCUCCUAUUUUGUAUUUCGAUAAAGUAUUGUAAUACCUAAAGCAAAGUUUUCUAAAUGGGUAAUGAGAUGGAAGGAAAAAACUUACGGGGGCUGUCCCCGUAGGUCAGUGGGCGGAUAUCAUCAUCCAAUGAAUAAAUCGCUAGUCAGCGGAUAAGUAUAAACAAAACGUACUGCGCUAUCCAUCUGGUAGAGAUCUGGAACCAGGAGCCAAGUGAAGCUAAAUUUUAAAGCAAAUAAACUAAUUUAAGGUCUGAAAAUUUUGAGUGGUCAAGACAUAGUUGCAUCCAACUGUAUGAAAACGUGCAGAGGUUUUCUAAACCAGUCAUAAAGUGAAAGAAAGAGAAACCAAUUAAAUCAAGGAUAAUAUUCUAAACGUAUCUUUUCUUGUAUAUUUAGUUGAUGUGCACAUGAGCCUGAUGAGAUCAUGGACAGGUUUUCUUUCUCUUUCAUUUUUCUUACAAGGAUGUUAGUCCUUGUGACUGUCUUUUACUAUUGGUUUGAACGAGUGGUUAACAGCGUAAUAGUCCUCGUCUAACGAAGGUGCUAAAUACUGUAUUCAAAGACGAGUGUAUUGUUUCGCUAAUCGGUGGAAAAAGGUAGAGAAACGAGAUUUUUCCCUCUCCUUCCGUUAUUUUUUUGCCUUUUGCUGACGAGUUUCAAAUACAGUUCAAAACAAAUGCGGUUUUACUCCCGCUUUUUGUUACAAAGCACUUUUAUUGUUGCACUGUCUCUUGCAGAUUUACGUCCAAAACUUCAGAGACGGUGGUUAUGACAGCGUUAGUUUCAUCGUUGGUAUGACUGACAAGGUGAGUACCGGAUGUCACAUAUACACUGUAGCUCCUCAUCAGUUUAUUGUGUUGCACUCUGGUUGUUCACAAGUGUAAUUAUUAAAAUGAAACAUUAUUUGUGUGUGAAUGAUGGCAGCGUUUUCGAUAAAGUGAGCGAGCUGCUUAUCAAUUUUUGCGAGUCGUGGUCACGUAGCCUUUAAGUAGGUCAAGUAUUCUAAAACGUUAUUUUUUAUACCAGAUACGUGCCUCCUUAUUUUGAGAUCUGGCUUGCUACUUGGUUGAUUUCGGGAGCGAGUCGCAUUCUCACCAAGAUGUUGAGAAUUAUUUUGUUUUACUUCUUUGUUCCGAACAGCAUUUGAAAGCCAUCGGAAUUGAGAAACGUGGUCACCGGAAGAGGUUGUUGAUGGAAAUUGAAAAACUACCCCAAAUGGAUAUUCCUCAAGAAGUUCCGGUAAUUAUUAAUUCAAUCACGCCAGCUUUGUCUCUGACAACCGAAUGAACUGAAUGGCAUGUCAACUACGUACACCACCCCACCUAGAAUCCAUUUUGGUCCCUCGAUUACUGCAUGUUUAUCAAAUCUUUGCAUGUUUAUCAAAUCUUUGCAUGUAUUUGUAUGUCAGUCCCGUUCGUAUCAUUAAUCCACAAAAUUAGUUUAACCUAGAUACGAAAAGUUUGCAACGCGCUCUGCACAAGGCAGUUGUUACAGUUUCACUCAGGUCUGAGUGGACAAGAAGUUUUUGGCUGUAUUUUGUCCGAGGCUCAGACAUCAAAUAUUGUUUGGCUUCUCUUUAAUGAGAACUUUAUUUUCAGGAAAAUGUCGAGGACUGGUUAACUGACCUAGGACUUGAUGAAUACUGGACUAACUUUACUCAGAGUGGCUACACGGAACCUAGAAUGUUAGAAGAUCUAAAAAUUAUGAACAAGGAAACGCUUAAAGAGACCUUCGGAAUCAACAAACCGGGCCAUCUUGAUAAGCUCUACAAGGCGAUCCAGAAAGUCCAGUACCCGAGUGAAGGUAAAUUCUGCCAAUCAGUGCCGUAGAAAGGACAGUACUUUUCGAUCGAGUAUCGUAAACCCACAACCAAAGUUAUCACAAAAAUUAAUCAGAAGAAAGGAUAAAACCUUAAAGAGUCCAUGAGAACUCAAAGUAAAACCAAGCAAACUGCCCAAAGCCCAGUGUUGCCUCUGAUCAGUUGAGAGAGUGGAGCGAGUCUCCUUGACCAAUCACAGCGCGGAGGAGAGUGGAGCGAGUCUCCUUGACGAAUCACAGCGCGGAGGAGAGUGGAGCGAGUCUCCUUGACGAAUCACAGCGCGGAGGAGAGUGGAGCGAGUCUCCUUGACGAAUCACAGCGCGGAGGAGAGUGGAGCGAGUCUCCUUGACGAAUCAUAGCGCGGAGUAAAGCUAAAUAGACAAGUGAUUUGACAUAAUAUGACAAUAGACAAGUGAUUUGACACAAUAUGACAAUAGACAAGUGAUUUGCUCAAAAUGCACGAAAACGCUAGUGACCAAACCGUGAAUUGCCUCUAAAGUUACGUCUGACUGUUUGUGCGGGUUUUGCGAGUUUUCCAGGCCAGUCACAGAGUGAAGCAACGCAAAACCAAUGCAAUUUUUUUUUCUUUUUUUAUAUCUCCUUCUUUUUAGGAGAGCAUUUUUUUUUGGGGGGGGGGGUAAAGAGGUAUGAUGGGGGAAUUUUCAAGAAAAUGAGUUAGUGGGAAAUAAAACAAGAGUGGUAGAGAAAGCUCUCUGUAAUUUCUCGUUGAGAUUUUUUCAAGUAGAUAAGUGAUGAGGCGAAAGAAAAAAGUUAAGAACGCUAUUUUAUUUAACACCAAUUUCUCAGAGCUUAAGUUUAAAAGAUAUGUUUUAUAGAUCGUGAGGAGAGUUUAUUUUGAGAUCUUAGGGGUGAAAGGGCUCAAGAGAGUUCGUUUUCUUCUACAGCUCAGAGACGAAUUCGUUUAACUCGUGAAGAAACAAACAAGUUGCAUGUCAUGGAUUUAAAAGUGGACAAUCAGGAUGGUGGACAUGAAUUCUUUUUUUGGGAAGGUAAGGUAGAUACUGCUCCAUUCCUGUGAUGUGCUUUAUAUUUUGUGAUAUGUUAAUCUAAAUUAUGAUCCUUCAAAAAGUUUUGCCCGCGUGCGAUUGGUCUAAACGCAUCUAAACGCAUCACGUGACCUUACGGCUACUACGAUAAGUCUUUGUUUAAAAUUUAAUUCAAGAUGAGAAAACUUUUUUUCACUCUGGGAAUUCUGAACUUCCACAACCGUUUGAGAUGUCGAUGAAACAAUUUCACGUGAUCGUAGUGUGCACUUCGCUUUUUCUUAACUUUGAAAGGGGGAGCGGGUUUUCCUUAAAGUAUCAUGUAUUACGCAUUUCGUAACGAAACUUUCCUAAGGUUCAGGUAGGGUCAUACAUAUACCUUCAUGACAUCUCUGCUGGAAAGAUGUUGUUUGUAGGGAAAUUAAGGGAGACAUCAGUGGCAACAUGGAAAUUUCGUUCUAAUUUUCCUCUCUUUCUUCCAAUCCUUAUAUUAAACAAGUGGAAAAAAUUAAGUCUUUUUCACGUUAAAUGUCAAUAAUUUAACUUACCUGUUCAAACGGAUUGAUCGACAGGUCUGCGCCAACUUUGUCUCUUACCUGAAUCAGCAGUUUUUGGGGCCGUCGAGGAACUCAAAGAGAAGCUUGAAGAUCUCCGUAAUUACACUCUGAUGGUUUUUUUCAUCGCAAACAUAAUUUGGAUUAUUUUGAUCAUUACUCUAAUGAGACAGACUAGACUGCAGGUCUUGGGAACCAACGUGCUGGGUCUUGCGUUUCUCUGUAUUUACGGGUUAAUUAUCGUGAUUCAGUUCCUAACCCUACUUUGGCACCGAGUCGAGACGUUUUUCCAUGUGAUUGCGCGCACACCGUGGAGGCGUGGUCAGCUGCAUAUGUCGUGGGCAUUUGAUGAUGAGAAUCUGCCACCUCCUCCCACUGACAGUGACUUGGAUCAAGUUCGUAGACAUGCGCGAAGACCUCGCAGACGUCGCAGCCGUCGGUCUCCUAACCAGACAAGUGUAUCAACUGAUGAAAGAGAGAGCCUCCUGUCAGAUGGUAGACCGCCUUCGAGUUACGGCUCGAGGGAACGAGAUAUACCCCACCUGGUUUAG